AUGUCGCGUACCGCCGGCGGCAAGCGGAAGCUGCAGCACAUCAAAACGUUGGAGAACAUCGAGGGUGACCCCACUCACCAUCUCGCGGGCUCAUUCCUACCACAGACGUGGAUCGUGGUGCCCAUCUCUUCAUUGAAGAUGCUCCUUGUGGUCGUCGCUUGCUGGGCGAAUUGGCAAAUCCUGGCCCCGUACGUCGGACAAUCUAUUGCCAAUCCGUUUGCGCCUCUCCUCUUCAUCUCCCACCGCAUACCUACCUCAUCAGAAGACGAUCCGCGGUACCAGAAGGGGUGGCUCGACCUCGCUUUCAUCACCUACUAUGUUAUAUUCUGGUCCUUUGUCCGCCAAACUAUCACGAUCCACCUAUGCCACCCUUGCGCGCGUUACUUCGGAAUCAAGAAGGCGGCCAAAUUGGAUCGCUUCGGAGAACAAGGGUAUGCCCUGAUUUAUUUUGCCAUCAUGGCCGCUUGGGGUGUGCGCGUCAUGUCGCAACUGCCCACUUGGUGGUACCGUACCGAGUACUUCUGGAUAGACUACCCCCACUGGGAGAUGAAGCCCGAGCUGAAGCGUUACUACCUCAUGCAGAUGGCAUACUGGCUGCAGCAGUUCAUUGUUCUCGCAUUGGGACUGGAAAAGCCUCGGAAGGACUUCUAUGAACUGAUCGCUCACCACUUGGUGACCCUUUGGCUCGUUGGCACUCCUAGAUGGAGCUAUCUCGUCAAUCUAACUCUUAUAGGAAACGCUGUAUACCUUAGCAUGGAUCUCCCGGAUGCAUGGCUUGCUUUUUCAAAGUUACUUAAUUACCUUCAAAUGGAACGAACCAAAGUCGCCGUAUUUGCCCUGUUCUUGUGCAUCUGGAGCUAUUUCCGUCAUUGGCUCAACUGGGUGAUACUGUGGUCGGUCUGGUUCGAAUUUGAUCUCAUUCCGUGA